AGCGCCCGCCCGCCCGCCCGCCCUCACGAACCGUCCCGGACACAGAGGGACGACCCGCCGCAGAGCCCGAGCGCCGGCCUCCGCCUCCGCCUCGGCCCCGUCCCCGUCCCCUCCUCUGUCCGCGUAGAGGUGUCGCCACAGGAUUAAUGAGCUGACCGGGCACCGAGCCGCUCCUCCGCGCCUCGUUUUGCCACCUUUUUUUCCGCCUCGCGCCUGGAACUGCCUCACGCCUCGCCUUCGCUCCACUCGAGGAUACCUGUACCUCCACUGAUGGAACAGGGUCACUCCAACAAUCUCCUGCAGCCGCCCACCGCCACCUGACAUUUCCUGGAAGAGCGUGUCCAUUGCCGGCUCCCAACAAACAUGGACUGUUUUCCCAUGCUUUAUUUUCUGUCGACAUCAUGAUUCCUGGUAAUCGAAUGCUGAUGGUCAUUUUAAUAUGCCUAGUCCUGCUGGGAGAGAGCAACCAUGCUAGUCUGAUACCUGAAGAAGGGAAAAAGAAAGUCCCAGGCCUGCAGGGUCGUUCGGCCGCUCAGAGCCAUGAACUGCUGCGGGACUUCGAGGCCACGCUGCUGCACAUGUUCGGCCUCAAGAGGCGGCCGCGGCCCAGCCGCUCCACCGCCGUGCCCCGCUACCUGCUGGACCUCUAUCGGCUGCAGUCGGGGGAGGCCGAGGAGGCCGGGGGGCACGACAUCGCCUUUGAGUACCCGGAGAGGUCGGCGAGCCGCGCCAACACUGUAAGAGGCUUCCACCAUGAAGAGCACAUGGAGAGGAUACACGGGCUGGAUGACGGUGGGAACACGCCCCUUCGUUUCCUGUUCAACCUCAGCAGCAUUCCAGAGGACGAGCUCCUCUCCUCGGCCGAACUGAGACUCUAUCGUCAUCAAAUCGAAGAGGCCGCCGCCGACUCGGCCUCGGACGGGCAGGGGCUUCACCGGAUAAACGUGUACGAGGUGCUGAAGCCGCCGCGGCCCGGCCAGCUGAUCACGCAGCUGCUGGACACGCGGCUCGUGCACCACAACGCGUCGCGCUGGGAGAGCUUCGACGUCAGCCCCGCCGUGCUCCGCUGGACUCGCGAGCGCCUCCCGAACCACGGGCUGGCCGUGGAGGUCGUGCACCUCAAUCAGACGCGGCGCCACCAGGGCCGGCACGUUCGCACCAGCCGCUCGCUGCACCCGGGGGCUGGCGAGGACUGGGAGCAGGUACGCCCCCUGCUGGUCACCUUCGGCCACGACGGCAAGGGCCACCCGCUGACCCGGCGGGCCAAGCGCAGCCCCAAGCAGCGGGGCCGCAAGCGCAACCGCAACUGCCGCCGCCACGCACUGUAUGUGGACUUCAGCGAUGUAGGCUGGAAUGACUGGAUAGUGGCGCCGCCUGGGUACCAGGCGUACUACUGCCACGGGGAGUGUCCCUUCCCUCUGGCGGACCACCUGAACUCGACCAACCACGCCAUUGUUCAGACACUGGUCAACUCUGUGAACAACAAUAUCCCCAAGGCCUGCUGUGUGCCAACAGAGCUCAGCGCCAUCUCCAUGCUCUACCUAGACGAACAUGACAAGGUGGUCCUAAAAAACUACCAGGAAAUGGUGGUGGAGGGCUGUGGCUGCCGCUAACACACAAACUGACUAGAACUUGGACCGGCAACUUGAAAAAGCAACAUGUUCACUUGGACCCUUAUUUAUAACUUUUAUGUUGAGGUAUAUGUUUGUCUCACUGUUUUUUGUUUUCUUGGCAAUAUGAUCAUAUAUUUUGACAAAAUAUAUAUAUUUAUAUCUACAUAUUAAAAAAUAAAUUGAGUUCUUAUUGUAAACAUAAAAAAGCUGUACAACUUUUCAUAAUGUACAUUAGAUUGUAUACGUUUUUAUAUUGAGAAAAUAGUAAAAAUGAUCUUAAAAGUAAAGUUUAUUUACUGGUAAUAUUUAUUUCUUUCACAUUAUAUGCAUUUUGGAGAAAAGAAUAAAGAGUUGUUUCCAGUA